AUGCCCAGCCAACAUCCACCUCCCCCUCCGUUGCCGGCGCAUCCAGCGCAUUGCCCAUACCCGCCGUACGGCCGAAGGGAUACUCUCAUAAAACGGGAUCAUGAGGAUCAACGUCGACUUAGUUCGAUGGGUCAUGUGCUCGGAGGAACGUCGUCACCACAUCUCCCACCGACGUCUCUCCCACCAGCAUCUCCACUCCCUGACGCAUACACCGAAAAUCCACCGCGACAUAUGAAUUACGAAGGCGCGCCUUCUAUGCCCCCAACACCGGGCGGCUACCAUGCGCCUAGCUUCCCACCGCCCACUCCCGUAACUCAUCAGAAUUCCUACGAGCAGCAUGGAGGCUACCCCUCAGGCCAGGAGCCAUUCUCCAGGGUCUAUUCGUCGUAUGUCCCUUCCAGGAAGAACACGAGAGCUUCCAAUGUGUGUGACUGCUGCCGCCAGCGGAAGACCAAGUGUGACGGGACGAAACCAUGUCAAACUUGCAAGGAAAAGGGCGUGGAAUGCAAAUACCGUGACCGAGUCCUUAAGCCCACGGACAAGACCCAGGCCGAUAUCCUGGAUGGUCUCAAGCGACUCGACCAGAGAUUGACCAAUAUGGAAUCCCUCUUGCACCAGCAUAUUGCGACAUUAACUCCAACGACAGAACCAUCAGCGGACGACGAGUACAAGUGCGCGCCAGCAUCGCCUUACGUGGCUAACGGCGCUUCUGCCGACCAUUACUACGCCGAUCCUUACCGCGAUCACACCUCAUCGAAAUCUAUGCCACUUCGUAUGAUGGCUGAAGAUGAAAUGGAGGUUGAGCCCGGUCCACCUGUGCCUCCCGGAGAGCCUGCUAUCCCUAUUAAUCACACGACGUUGGCCGGACUGCUGUUGGAAUGGCCUUCCAUUCGGGAGCUUACAAAACACCACGUUGAGCGCGAAGGUGUCCGAUACAUCAGCGAAUACCCUAUCAGCCAAGAACAAAACAGAGGUGUUCUGAUGGUUUAUGGGCAAGGUGAAAAUACUCACCCAUCGCGACAAGUUCCAGAGCCGACCGACCAUGGUAACUUGGACAUGGCGGACGAUUCAUCCGAUACCACAUCUCCUUCACCAGCGGCUGAUUGGGGCCAGCUUGGUGGACUCAGCCCUCCUGAUCAAGUGGAAUACAAGGGAGGCGUUUUGGUUGAUGGCAAUCCCGAUUUCUCUGAGCCGAAAGUGUGGGCGUAUGUGGAAAGUUUCAAGAAAAACAUUCUCAACAUGCACCCUAUCAUCGAGCCCAAGCUUUUAGACAAUUGGGUCAGGCACUUUCUGGAUAACCUCCGACCAUCACAGCCACGUCCAGCAAAACCACAAACAUCAAAGCCCACCUUUUCCGUUGGAGGAGGCUCGCAGACGGAAGAAGUGGCAGGCUCAAAGAGAAAACGACCGCCGGGGCCGGAUGGCUCCGAGCCAUCACCACCCGCGCCAUCUCGCACUGGUCGACCAGAUCGGUCCAUCCACACCGCUCUAGUCCUCACGGUUCUGGUUCUGGGUAAAGUUUGCCUUCACCGCGAUAAUGUCCCUGAUGCUGUCCUUAGCAAUAGAGUCAUCCCGCCGCCGUCCGAUCGACGCUCUCGCCGGCGAUGUUCGUCCCAAUCGCACUCGUCGACGGGUCUACCCUCACCGAAGGAGGAAGGGGAUAAGAAACUUGACAACGGUCCAUUAUUCCGUGGCGUGGGUGCUUCCGGCGCUGGUAGCAGCCCCACGAAAAACUACGAGGUGAUUCCUGGCCUAGAAUACUUUGCAUAUGCUACGGAUAUCCUUGGCAACCACACUGGCGCGUACAGCAUGAAGAAUGUGUAUGCCAACAUCUUUGCUGGGUUAUAUCAUGGCCAGCUGGGUAGACCAAUGGAGAGUUUUGCUUUCAUUCACGCGGCCAGCCACAAGCUGCAGGUCAUUAUGCGACCGAGCUUGGACAAAAUGAGACGAAUCAAGCGCAACAAUGAGUUCAUUCAGGAAACCAAGUACAACCAAUUUUCUCUCGCAUUCUGGACCUGCCUGCAGUUAGAAAGUGAUAUCAUUGCAGAGAUGCAACUCCCUCCAUCAGGCCUGCUCUCGCACGAAGAUGAUAUGCCGCACCCCAACAUGAGUCUCUUGGAAGGGUUCGACCAGCGUAUCCUCGACAGCUACCCAGGCCAGCUAUAUCUACGAACUCAUCUCAACAGCAUCCACCGCAUGUUCUACGCUCCCGAGGAUCCGGCCAAACCAGGCAAGGAUAAGUUUGGAAAUGUUGGCGUUGUUUCUGAUGCUGUCUCGGGCAUGCAUUGGGUCGCUCCCAGUUUCGCAUUCAGAGAGGAUGAUCCACCCGCAGAUGAUAUUCUGGCGGCAAGAUUGCGAGCAAAGUACUGGGGAGCCCAGGCGAUUACUUACCGCCCAUUCAUCCAACAAAUUCUGCAGUUCUCGCACUCCAUCAAGAACCAUGCAUCGAGCCCCAACUUUCCCAGCGUCAUCUCCGAGUUUCGACAGGAUAUCACUGCACCUGCCAUGCACCCCAAAGCCAGAACGCAUGGCGAUAUCGAUCCUCAAGUUGUCGAGUUGGCCAAAAAGGGCAUCGAGGCGCUUAUCGAGAGCACCCGUGCCUUCCAUGGUCUCGGAGACAAGAGGCCGAUUAUCACCAAUGUUUUCGGCACAGCUCACGCGCAAUGGGGAAACCUUUUAAUCUUAUCAGCUGCAUUCCGUGACCCAAUUCUUCACACUUAUGUGGAUGAGGAACUCCUCCGAACACUGUUCCACAAGACGAUCCAGUUUUUGCGACAGUCGGCAACAGCGACGAGCGCACUUCGAACGGACAUGCAUAUCCUUGAAGGCCUGCAGAGAGAUCUUUUCGGCUAUGAUCAUGAUCCUCGGACCAACUCGAGCUUCUCAAGCGGCACAAGCGGCACAAGCGCACCUGGCUGCCAUACUCCAAGGCCUGUUCCCAUGGCUGCGCAGCCUCGGACAGGCUUGUCAAUAAAUAAAUCCAAAUCAAAUUAA